GAAGCCCCGGGCUCCCUGGAGCCGGCCGCGCUCGCCCCGCUGCCCGCUAUGCUGCGUCACUUCCGGCGUGUGCGUCCGGCGUCGGUCCGCCGCGGGAUGGCGGCUCUGAGGAGUUGGACGUGCCGGAGCAUCGCCUCCCUGUUCAGGUAUGGACAGCGAGCUCCCGUCGUGGCUAACUCUAAGAGACGCUGUUUCUCAGAAUUGAUAAGACCGUGGCACAAAACUAUGUUGGCUGGAUUCGGCAUGACCCUGUGUGCAGUUCCUAUUGCUCAGAAAUCGGAGCCUCACUCUCUUAGUAACGAAGCACUAAUGAGGAGGGCUGUGUCUUUGGUGACCGAUAGCACCUCCACCUUUCUGUCCCAAACCACGUACGCUCUCAUCGAAGCAAUCACCGAGUAUACGAAGGCUGUUUAUACGUUAGCAUCUCUGUAUCGACAGUAUACAAGUUUACUUGGGAAAAUGAAUUCCCAGGAGGAAGAUGAAGUGUGGCAGGUGAUUAUAGGAGCCAGAGUCGAGAUGACUUCAAAACAGCAGGAAUACUUGAAGCUGGAAACCACUUGGAUGACUGCAGUAGGCCUUUCAGAGAUGGCCGCGGAGGCUGCCUAUCAAACUGGAGCCGAUCAGGCCUCUAUAACAGCCAGGAAUCACAUCCAGCUGGUGAAGUCCCAGGUGCAGGAGGUGCGCCAGCUCUCCCAGAAAGCCGAAACCAAGCUGGCUGAGGCGCAGACCGAGGAGUUGCACCAGAAAACCCAGGAAGCUGUAGACGAGAGGGCUGACCAGGAAGAGGAGGCCUACCUGCGUGAAGAUUGAGGGCUUGAGCCCACCCCCCUGUCUGCCCCUCAGUGGGAAAGCGGGAGACGGCACCCACCUAGUGUUGCCCCAACUCUGCGGAGACAACAGGCUCGGCCCUCGCCAGGCAGACCGGAAGCCUUUUGUGAGCUGGCCCUCUGCUCUCAGCCUCUGUGGGCCUGGUUCUUAGCCCUUGACGUGGUUCGUUCAACACUGUCCCACUCAGCACCUCUCGUGCCAAUCUUACCUCACUCCCAAAGCAGUUCACCAACCUGGGCCCGAGGAGGAGGGGUCUUUUCUGCUACACCCUUAAGUUCAAUCGCUGUUUAGCUCGUUUUUUAGUAUUACUCAGAUUUUCAAGUAUAAUUUAAAUGUUUGCUCCAGAGGAGGGAGCCUGUCUGGUUUCUAAGAUUUAUGUUUAGAAUGUCCUUUGUCCCUGUGAGCACAGCUCAGCUAGGGAGUUUCUCAGCAUGACAGUGUUCACCUGGUGCUCCCCACAGGGCUUUUCCAACACACACACACACACACACACACACACACACACACACACACACACACACACACACUGCUUGUUCGCUCCUUCCUUCCCGAGUUUCUCCACUGUGUCCAAAGGAAGAGAAGUUUGAUGUUUGCAUUAAAAAAAAAAAGUCUCUGUGGC